AUGAGCACUAUCACCGAAACCGCGACCGAGGUCUUCGAACUUCAAGUACCGUCAAAAGCAGCACCUCGCGACCCAUCUCUCCAGUAUUCCCAGACCUCCCAGCGACAGUCUGAUCGAAGCCAACAUGCCUCUGAUGUCGAGUCUUCCUUCGUUCUUCAGCCAACAUCAGCUUUCAAUGUCCGCAUCUUCCUGACCAUCUUCACCCCUGCUUUGGUGGGCUUCAUCGCCUCUUUCACAAAUGGCACCAUGACCAUCGGUUUGCCCGUUAUCGCCCGCUCUGUCGCCCUAGAGCGAUCCCUCUAUCUCUGGCCUUCUUCCGUCUACGGUCUAACAUCUGGUGCCGCCCUUCUUAUCGCCGGCUCGAUCGCAGACAUCGUCGGUGCGCGGUCUGUCGAGCUCGUGGGCAUCACCUUGCUUGGCCUGUUCACGCUCCUCUGUGGCUUUGCUCAGACUGGUUCCCAGCUUGUGGCCUUCAGGGCGUUGCAGGGUGCCGCGCUGGCUCUGCAUUUACCUGCUUCUGUUGCUAUCAUCGCUGCAGCUGUACCAAGUGGACGAGCCAGGAAUUUGGGGUUUGCGUGUCUUGGAUUCAGUCAGCCACUAGGGUUUGCCGUUGGUCUCGUGCUUAGCGGUGUCAUGAUUGAAAGAGCGGGAUGGCGGUCUGGUUUCUAUCUUGCGGGAGGAUGUACAUUGGCUGUUGCUGUUGCUGCGCUGUGGACAUUACCUAAAUUGAAGUCACAGAACCAAGGCGAAGUCAUUGCGCUUUGGAGAAAAGUGGGUAGGGAGAUUGAUUGGGUUGGUGGCAUCAUAUCCAGUGGCGGGUUGGCUAUCCUGGCCUAUGUUCUGGCCAUCCUGAGCGCAGAUCUUACAAGCAUCCGCUCAGCAGAAACAGCAUCCCUCCUCACUGUCAGCGUCAUCCUCCUUCUCGCUUUCCCAGCGUGGAUGCACUACCGUGAGCGCAUAGGAAAGCCUGCUCUCGUACCCAACAAAUUGUGGAAGAACCACCUUUUUACUAGCACGUGCAUCAUGGUCACUUUGUCUUCCGGCGUCAUGAACAGCAUUGAACUAUUCUCGAGUCUCUACUUCCAAGAAGUCAAACAUGCCUCCGCACUAACGACUUCCCUCUACCUCCUUCCAAACCUCGCAACUGGAAUCUUCAUCAACAUCGUCGUCGGCGUAUUCGUGCACCGCAUACCCGCACGUUGGCUCGUCGCAGGUUCAGCCUUGAUCUGCGCCCUCUCGCCCCUGCUCAUGGCGCUCGUUCCGCCGGCAUGGAGCUACUGGAAACUAGCCUUCUGGGCACAAGUCUUCGCUCCGUUCAGCGCGGACGUUCUCUUUACCGUUGGCCUCAUCAUCGUCAGCGACAGUUUCCCCGAGGAGACGCAGGCUCUCGCCGGCGCUAUUUUCAACACUGUUGGGCAGUUUGGCAUGAGUAUCGGUAUGGGGAGCUGCCAGGUCGUUGCACUUGGCAUACAGGACAAAGAGGGAGGCAGUGCGUCGAGUGCUGGACAUGGAGGCGAUGCUGGCGGUGCAUUCGAGGAGCAGAAUUCGAUUGCUUUGCUCAAGGGAUAUCGGGCUAGCUACUGGCUGAUGUUUGCCUACAUGAUUGUUUGCGGUUUCAUCGCUGUGAUUGGACUUCGCAAGGCAGGAAAGGUGGGUCUGAAGAGGGAGUAG